GAUUCCCGAAGGACGGAUGAAUAGAAACGAUCCAGUUGUGAUACGGAGAAGACUGACAGCUAUAACGAUAUUCACGGUCUUUACGAUAAUUGCUCUGCCUCUUGUAUUAUCAUGGCUCACUGGGAAGUCUGGCUCAGAGAUCUUUGGUGAGAUGGGUGUUAUUCCGAGCUCUGCGAAGGAUAUCUUUAAUACCCUGUUGCUGAUGAUGGCUCUCUUCAUCGGGCCAAUAUUGAACGAUGUUGUUGAAACUGGAGAUGCUUUGUACACCUUGAAGCUCUUUGUCGACCAUUUCACGACGCUGAGAGGUAUAAGGGAUGUUAUCAUUGCUCCAUUAACGGAGGAAGUGCUAUAUACAGCUGCAAUCAUCACGACAUUAUCACAGUCGCCUUAUACGUCAUCGGACAAGAUACUGAUCAUGCUACCACCUCUGUUCUUCAGUCUUGCACAUGUUCAUCAUGGCAUCGAGCUCUAUAUGAAUAGAGCUGCUCCAGUGCCGACGAUUGUCCUCUCAACAGCGUUCCAGGUUCUCUAUACCUUGCUUUUUGGAAUAUUCACAGAUUUUGUCUUCUUGAGACAAAGAAACGUAUGGGGAUGUAUUGUUGCACACUCAUUCUGCAAUCACAUGGGGGUGCCAUCAAUCUCGGUUGACACACCAAGGUGGAAGUCGUGGAGAUAUAUAUACUACUGUUUAUUAGCAUUGGGGGCAUACCUGUUCAAAGAACUUCUCUAUCCUCUCACACAGUCAGAGUAUACAGAAGCGUAACGCAUGCUACGAGUUUGCAUUGGUAAAAGAUGAAUAUAACAUUAGAGUCGUUAAUAGAGAAAGAGAAGAGUUCAUUU